GGACGCGUCAGUCGAGUCGCAAUCCGCGCCACGCCGCAGCGCGCUCGAGCCGCACGCGCGGCCGCCGAGCUCAUGACUGGCGGGUGUUAUGCCGGCGCUCCGGGUCGGCCCAGCUCGCGCCGAGCCGCCGUCGCCGCCGCUGCUGCCGCGCCGCGCCGCGACCAGCCCGAACUACCCCGACGACUCUAGCUCGUACACAAAAACGCACGCGAUCACGCGUCUCACCUCUACCGGAAUGUAAAUAUUUAUGGAUGUCAGUUUUCAGUUGUUUAGAUUGGCUGUAAAUUUUAAGGUGAAAAUGAAACCGACCAGGCGAGUUCGCGUACACGAAGAUGCUAUACGUCAUAGCGAGAGUAAGGUUGGCGGCAACCGAUUGGCGACGCCGCGGAUGUCGCUGCUCGGCAAGCCGCUGAGCUACCGCGCUACGCGACGCGACGCGCGAUACCGCCGCCUACAGUCCAAGUUCUACAACUUCCUCGAACGGCCAAGGGGUGUAAAGGCUGUCCUCUAUCAUAUGAUUGUGUUCCUGAUGGUGUUCAUGUGUCUGUCGCUGUCCGUGUUCUCCACCAUCGAAGAAUACGAAGCCAAAGCUGGGAUCGUCCUCUUCUACAUGGAAACUGUUGUGGUCAUCUGGUUUGCAAUCGAAUUCUUUCUAAGGUUGUGGUCGUCAGGAUGCCGCUCCCGAUAUCAAGGCUCAAUGGGACGCCUCAAAUUCUUGAGGCGACCAUUUUGUAUUAUCGAUGUCACAACAAUCUUGGCUUCGCUGGUGGUCUUGGGCAUGGGCUCGUCGGGCCAGGUGUUCGCGGCGUCUGCGCUGCGCGGCUUACGCUUCUUUCAGAUCCUGCGCAUGGUGCGCAUGGACCGACGCGGCGGCACCUGGAAACUACUCGGCUCUGUUGUUUAUGCUCACAGACAGGAACUAAUAACCACACUCUACAUAGGGUUCCUUGGAUUAAUAUUUGCAUCAUUUCUAGUAUAUUUGGCAGAAAAAGAUGUAGCGGAUACCAAAUUUAAAAAUUUCGCCGAAGCUCUUUGGUGGGGAGUUAUCACGCUGUGCACAGUGGGGUACGGCGACAUGGUCCCGCAGACCUGGCAGGGCAAGUUCAUCGCCUCCUUCUGCGCUCUGCUCGGCAUAUCGUUCUUCGCACUCCCUGCUGGUAUAUUGGGGUCGGGCUUCGCGCUAAAGGUCCAGCAGCAGCAACGACAGAAGCACAUGAUAAGGAGGCGCCAGCCAGCCGCCACCCUUAUACAGGCUCUGUGGAGGUGCUACGCGGCCGACGAGCACUCCAUGAGCAUAGCCACAUGGAAAAUACAUCAGAUUCCACUGCCCAGUCCGCAGACAAGUCGGGUGAUGAGUGCAUCGUUCAAGAACAAUGCGUCGUUUGUGUCGCGGCUGCCGACCAUCCGCCGCCACAAGAGCACCUCGCUGCACUCCCCCGCCCCGCACUCCAAGCCCGCCGUCUCACACCAUCGCUAUGAUGUCAACGCCAGCGCUGAGAAUCUAGGCGCGUCGACCGGCCGCGCGGGGCGGCGACCCGUCAACCCUUCCUUCAGCGAAGACUCGGUGGCCGAGACCCAGCUCUCCAAGAAAACCUCCGACGACGAAGACGAAGAGCCUCGCUGUGUGACGCUCACCCCUCGACACAAAGCUGCCAUUCGAUUUAUAAGAAAGCUCAAGUAUUUUGUCGCACGCAAGAGAUUUAGAGAAGCGUUGAAACCAUACGACGUGAAAGACGUGAUAGAACAGUAUUCUUCGGGGCACGCUGAUCUUCUAAACCGAACCAAGAACCUGCAGUACAGGUUAGACCAAAUACUUGGGAAACAAGGAUCGAAAGCUAAAGAUGUAUAUGCAUCCAAAAUCAGUCUAGCUUCCAGAGUAGUUAAGAUUGAAAGACAAGUAGAUGAUAUAGAAAGUAAGUUGGAUCAUUUAUUAGAAUUAUACGAGGAAGAUAGGCGGGGAACGCGUAGAAUAGCUAAUACAACGAAUGGGGGAGAAGGGGGUUCGUCGACAGAGGGGGCGCUGACGCUGCGCGGGCGACCUGCGCUGACCGACAAGCAAUGCUCCGAGCCCAACUCGCCGGUGUCUCGGACGUUUGAUGCGCCAGCGCCUUCCUCGGCGGCGCCAUUACCUCCCAAACGGCCUAUGAACAGGGGCUACUCAGAUCUGGGUACCCGAUUCAUGAGGAAAAAAGUCAUCGUAAAGACAUCAUCAAGUAGAAAUGGUGACUCUCCGAGAGAAGAUGAGGUGGUAAUAGUAGUACCCACGGAUCGGGAUGACACGCCCCCAAGACUAGUUACAGAUAGUUCAGAGGUAUGCGCGAGUUGUUCCGUGGAUGUGGAAACUGAGGCGGAGGCGGGAGCAUCCGGCAGUUCGGGGUCGGCGUCGUGGUGCGAGGGCGACGCAGCUGACGAGCGCGGCUACGGCUCCGGGGACUCCCUGGCGGAAGACGCAGCCUUGCUUGGCGACGUGGCGCACCCGCAUGCGCCGAGGAUAGUGCGCGCACAGAGACGGGACGUUGCCGUCGACUUGCAUCUCUUGCACCCCGACGUCUAAAACAUGAUACAGUGUCUAUCAGAUAGAUUUAAGUUUCAGCCUUUUUUAUAACUUUUCUGCUUGAGUGAACAGAAGAAACGCGCAUUUAAAUCAAAGAUGUGCCCAUAAUUUACUAUAAAAUGAAACCAACUGUGCUGUGAAUAAACUAAAACCUAAAUUGAAUUUUGUGAAUAAACUAAAAACAUAUUCAAUAAGUACCUAAUUAUUAAGUACCUACAUGAUAUAUCAAUGAUGCGAAAUUUAUAAAUAAAACGUUUCCUUGAAUUUCUACACUCCUCAUUCUAUGCAGCGUAGAUAGGAAUGGCAUACUAUGCUUAUUUCUUGCACAUUCAGUCAUAAAAAUGCCGAUGUCAAUCUGAUUAGAUAGGUGCUUUUAAAGUGAAAAAAGCAAUCAUAGUAUAGAGUGAAUGAAUAGAUUUAAUAGUGUGUCUUGUUAAACUCCAAUAAAACUGUCGAACAACGAUUAAUAAAUUACUUGGUUACUAGUGUCACGGAUUCCAGUCGUUUAUAUUAUACUAUAGGUAUAAGUAAUUUAUAUUUAUAAAUAAAGACCAAAGACUCGAAAUUAGACGUGGUUAUAGUUAAUAAUACUAAUUACAAGUAUUAUUACGCUUAAAUAGAUAUUUUAUAUUAUUGCUUUCGAAUUGUAUUAAUACGGCACCAACUUUUUAACAGAUUACGUACAAAAGACGUUGUAGAUACCGACUUCGCGUAGUUAAUCUUGAAUUUUCUGAAAGUGACCAUACGAAUCUUGAUAAUAAUUAACUAGAUAGUAGCAAAUCAGUUCCGCAGGGUAUUGAUUGAAAUUAUAGAAAUCCUAUUGUAUUUUUAAAAAUGUUGCACAUAGACACAAAAGAUGAAUGCAUGAGGCCCGUAAGGAAUAAUUUGUUACUAUUUACAGCCAGUCUCGGCUUUGAAGUAAAAUCAUAAUAAACAAAAACUUCUUCCGAAAUCACACUAUCUAUUGGUGAAAACGGUACAAAAAUCCAUCCAGUGUUUUUAAGUUUAUCGCUGACAUAAGUACAGAUGACGCGCCACAGGGCCUAUUUUUAAAAUAAGUAGGAAUGUACUAACUUUUGACUCCCUCCUCUCCCCCUUCCCUCCAUUUUUUUCGUUUGGGGAUUGUAUUAAUAAAGAACGAGUGUCUUUAACUACAUGCAUACCAAAUUUCAUCAAAAUGGGUCCAGCGGUAGACAGACUUUCGUAUUUAUAAUAUUAGUAUGGAUUCUAUAAACAUUAAUACUUGAGUAAAUAUUAUAUUAUGUAAAAAACAAAAGAAAAUCUAAUCUUUGAGGUAUAUGAGCAAAUUGAGUGUUUUCUGGAAGUAGGUUGGUCUAGGUACUUAAAUAUAUAAGGUAACACCUAUAAGAUCUAUCGACUUGAGAUAUAUUGGAGGUUCUAUAUUUCAAUCAAUACUUUGCUUGCAUAGAUACUAUGCUUCAGAUUUACAAUAAAAACAUAUUUUAUAGUUAUACAAAAAUGUACAUAUUUUAAUAAUAAUAUAAGGCGAAGCUAAAGUUUUGCAACGACCACGUUUAUGUGCUUUUUAAUAUUGUCACCUUGUCACCUUACUUUCAAGUUUGAUCUACGAGCAGUAGUCAAUUUUUUUAAAUCAAUGAUGACUCGAAUAUAUCAGAAAAGGCAAUCUAAUACAAUGAGAGCUUGAGCGUGCUACGUCCAUACCGUAUUCAUAAAUAUCAAUAGAUUUUUUUUUCUUCUAUGAAAUACAUUUGAAAUAUGGCCUAAACAUUUUACUAACUAUUCAUUGUUUUUGUAAAGUACCUUUAUUAUGUAAGUUCCUAUAUUUUGUUAGUUCGAAUUCGAAUCGUCGAAAACAUAGAACUGUGAUAGAUUUUAGUUUUAUAAGUUUGAAUGCACAAAAAGUUUUCUUUUUGAUAACAUUAAUGUAAUUAAAAUAGUCACAAAUCUGUAACUGUACAAUCAAAUCCUAUUUAGGUAAAUUCGUACUUCAAUUAGAAACUUCCUAUAUUCUUGAACCAAUUUUGAAACUUUUGGACAUGUUUCUUAAUAAAAGCAGGGUAAAGUAGCCUGACAUACUUGUUAAUAAAUAUAAGAUUUCGUACAUUUAUUACAUAUUAAGUACGUUUCAUCACCUGAUCAUUGUCCAUAAAAAAUAUAGUAACUUCCUAAAUGUUAAGCAUAUACUAUAUAGUUUGUAUGUGCUGAACGGCUGCUUUUCCAUCUAUGUGUUGAAAGAUGCUGAGCUAUUAAGUACCUAAAUAACCAAAUUACAUGUAUACAAAAAUAAAUGAUAUCGACAUCAUUUUAUGUUCACAGCUUAGAUUGGACCUCACAGAAAUGGUAAAUGCAAAAUGCAUGUAUGACAUAGGAUGGAACUUUGUAAUAGUUUAAAUGUUUAUUUAUGAAAAUAUACAUUUGCUAAAUAAAUUUCCCACGUGACGUCACUAUGAUUCCAAAACAAAAUAUAAUUAUGUAGGUAUGAAACUUAAUUGAGUUAUAUGAUAAAUAUCAAAAACCUAAACUAACGGAUACAGCAAUCACCAAAACACUUGUAAAUAGGCGUCUAAUCUUGACUGUACAAUAUCAUCUAGAUAAAAAAAACGAAUGAAGUUUAUUCUAAUCCGCAAGAAGUUUAUUCUUAUUCUAAUAUUUAAAUUUUGACUAAAAAUUUAUUAGGUACCUACGUACUUUUACGUGUUUUUUCCUGUGUAUAAUUGAAUACUUACAUCCGAAAAGCGUCUUCCGAUGUUCAAUACAAAAUAUAUGUAGGUCUAAACCCUGCGAGUACAUUAGAUACUAUAGUUGGUUUGAACUCGGAGUUUUCAUCAUAGUCUGAGAUAUGGAUUGAAAAGAAUUAUUUCAUACCUAAAAUAAUUAGGUACCAUAAUUACGAAUGUAACUCAUUCAUAAAUGGCAUCACAUCAAGCAUACAAAUUUUUAUUUGAUUGAUAGUAUCAAAUAAUUACCUAUAUUUACCUACAAUGGGACCUACUGAUGCCUGUAAGUUUUCUUAAUACCAAUACCUGUUAAUAUAAUUUAAGCAAAUUGCCUACCUAGUCAAUUAAGGUUUGUUCACAUCUGACCUAUAAAUGCUUCGUCAUAGGUAAUAAAUAAACAAAUG